AUGUCCGCCCAGCCCGCUCCCUCCCGCCCAGCGCCCGACCACCGCCGCUCUUCCACAGCGCCAAAACGUACAUCCCUCCUACCCAAACCCUCAUCAAUCUUCCUCGACUCCACCGUCCUCAUCGCGCAACACGCGCAAAUCACCGGCACGCAUCCCGUGACCAUUGGCCCAAAUACCGUGUUACACCCACAUAGUAAGCUCAGCAGCGCCGUGGCGCCGGUCGUGCUGGGUGAGGGAUGUGUGGUGUUUGAGCGGGCCAAAGUGGGUGUGGGUAUGGGUGAGGAGGAGGGCAAGAGGGGGAGUAUGGCACCGCCUGCGCGAAGUAGUGCGCAUAUGCGGGUUGAGUCGAUGCGUAGUGAAGGGACGGUUUUGGGGAGAAAUGUGGUUGUGGAUAGUGGGGCUGUCGUUGAGGCUGCCGAGGUGGGUGAGGGGAGUGUGAUUGAGGUUGGUGCUGUGGUGGGGAGGGGGACUAUAAUUGGAAAGUUCUGCACCGUUUCGGCUUCUUCGGUCAUUCCUCCGUAUACACGCUUGCCGGAUUACACUGUCGUGUUUGGGGGGAACCAACGUCGUGUUGAUAAGACGCUACAGUUACGGCCUGAGAUACUGGAUGUGAAGAUGGCGGUUCAUGCAAAGCAAUUGGACAUGUUCAGGAAACUCAUUCCGAAUAAUAUCCAGAAGUGGGUGUGA